AUAAUGGCAAAAUUAUUUGCCAAACUCACAAAGACGGUUCUAAAAUUAUACAUGAAUUACUAAAAGCAAAUACUAAACCAGACUUUACAACAGGUCCUCCAAUAAUUCCAAUUCGUAAAUUAACUAUAGAAAGACAAAAAUAUUUAUAUGAAAAAGUUCGGCCAUAUAUUAAUAGUGAUGCGAACAAAGAUGAAAUAU